ACUCCCAUUACGCUUUUUUUCUGUACAUGUGUAGCGUAAAAGAACGAAAAUCAAAAUAUGGCGUAAAUUGAUGUUUUAAAUGUGAGAUGGUGUGGUAAGUGACUGAACGAAUCGAUUGACAAAUUGGAUGAAAAGUUGUUGAAAUUUGAAUUAUUAGACAUUUCGUUGUAAAUAAAGUAGUAUCCUUCUAUUAACUUAUAGAUAGUAGUAAAUGUGCUAUUUGUUAGAAACAUGAAAUCCAAUGAUACUGAAUCAAAUGAACAGUCGUCAGAAAAAAGUACUAAGAAAAAGAUAAUUGAUGAAGAGAUAUCGUUGAAUAAUGAAAUGAAAGCAGUGCCAUUGAGCGAGGAUGAAACAAUUAACCCUAAUGGCUCUUCUGUGGAGCAAAAACCUGUAGAAUAUAACACAAAUGUACAAAGUGCCACUGAGCAAGCGGAGACAGAUAAAUUACAAUAUUCGACUUGUGACGUAGAAGAUGAGGAUGAUGAUGUUCCUGGUGAUUUUUUUGAUGACUUCUUAAAAGAUGAUUUCAUGGCAGCAUUAGAUGUUAUAGAUGAUGAUGAUGAUGAUGUUGAAAAUGAUGGGGUGUUUACAAAUCAUAAUAUAAAUUCAAGUCAUAAUGAUACGGAGGUAUCUACUCUCAAAAUACAGGAUGAUGAAAAGAAAGAAAGAAUUGUAAAUACAAAAUAUAAAGAAUCAGAACGAAAAGGUAGAAGUACGAAAUCAAAUCCACACAGAAGAAGCUCAAAUGACAUUGGUAUUCAUAGAGAUCCAAAAAAGACUAGAAGGGAUAUUGAACUAGAUAAAGCAAGGUGUGAAAAAAAUAAAGAAAUGAAGAGAAUAUCAGAAAAACUCAAAUUAGUUGAAACAGGUAUGGUGCCUCCUGGGAUGGAAAUGGAGACAGAUAUUGAACUAAUACAAAAACAAAGGGUCUUAGAGAAAAGGGAUAUUGAUUUACCUAAGGGCCUCUCUUCAAAGAAAAAAAGUAAUUCUCUUAAAAGUGGUUUCACCAAGGAAAGCCUCAGGUAUAGAUCCAAAAGUCCAAAGAGAUCCCAUAGAACUAUGUCCAACUCUAGAAGUCCUUUGGGUACAUCUAAAAGGUUAAUACAUAGACUUAGAAGCCCUUUAAUACAUAAUCCUACAAGAGAUAGGAAUAAAUCUCCAUUGAACAUACAUGAUCGACAUGCAUCUCCUUUGAAGUCGCGUAAUAGACGAGAUUCCCCGCGAAAAUCACGAGAUCAUCGUGGAUCUCCAUUGAGGUCACAAGAUAGACGUCGAAGUUCUCGAGAAUUACGCGCUAGACGACAUUCUCCUAUGAGUUCACGAGACAGACAUGAAUCUCCCAAAAGAUUACAUAGGCUUGAUUCACCACUAAGAUCUCGUGAUAGGCGUGAGUCUUCUAAAGAAAGAAGAAUUUCACGAAACCAUGAUGGCAAAAGAUCUCAAGAGCGAUCUAGAAGUCAUAGCCAUGAUAGAAGACCCAGAACAUCUAGAUCAUCAAAAAGAAAAAGAGAAGAACAAAAGUCAUUUUUACAGGAAAUCGCUGAGAAAUUAAGGAACCCACGUCCCUUUGAAUCACAACCAAUUCCAGCAUAUAUACAUCCUACUGGCACUCAAGUUGCAUCAUCUCUAUCUGUUCCUACACCAGUACCAGCACCUUUACUGAGCACACAGUAUCCUCUACAGACACAGAGUUACAAUCGGGGCUUCUUUAUAGGAAAUCCACAGGCAAAUAUUUUACCAACACAAUCUGCUCAUUAUCAAGUGGGCUUACUGGAACAAAUUCAAAAUCCAAUACACCAACAAACUGUACAUCAAUCAGAUUAUGGUACAUCUAUGCCAUUUAAUUUAAGCUAUUCACAGAUUCAGAACAAUUUAGGACUGCAUGCAAUGGUUCAACUUCAAAGUGACUUCAAGGCAAAUGAUAACUUAAAUAAAUUUUGCGAAAGUAAAAAAAUCACAUUGGCUGAUUUCUUGUCCAUUACUGCUAAUCCAGAAGUCUAUCUACCGGGCUCAGAACAGAUGAGGCACAAAAACGAUGUCAUUAUACGUUGCCAACACGCUAUUACAUAUCUGGAAAAUAAUAAAAAGCGUUUUACUGGGCCGUUGAUACUACGCAAGGACGACAAUAUAUCGAACUCGCAGCAAGAAAAAUUCAAAUCCCCCUUAUUAAAAUCUUGGGACCUAAAGCUACCGUUUACAGAGAUUCCUAAUACUACUGAACACAAGAUCAAGUUAUCUGCUUACAUUGAUACUCUUCUUCGAAAUCAGGGCCUUUUGAACGAGGUGGUAGUGAUCGAUGAUGAAAUGGAGUCGAAUAGUGAAUUUUCAAAGUCAUCUUCUGUCCCUCCUUCUGCUCCAAUAAUUUCCUUAGUUAACGACAAUACUCGGAAAUCAGCAAGAGAUGAUGAAAAUAUUUCAGAGCAAACUGAUAUAACAAGGUGUUUAGUUUGUGAAAAACGUAGUAAAAUUGUAACUAAAUCAAUUGGUGUGCAAUGCGGUAAUAAUUUAAAGUUUUCCAUCGGUACUCAAGUUCGAGAAGAAGCGUUUGCUCCUACAAUUCCGAAAAUUCAAUCUCUAGCUUCAUUAACACCUGCUCAAUUAUUAGCUGGAUCAGUUGCAGGACCAUCUAAAAUUCAUGACGUAGACGAUUACAAUAAGAACUUCAGAAAGAAGAGCAGACCAUUUGAUUAUGCAAACCAUACGAUUUCUCCCCAACAGGCUCCCCCACCCCCAAGAAAUAUUUUCAAUAGACCUACAGGAUCGGACAUUAUCAAUAAAUAUAAUUAUUAUUAAGGAUUCUGUUUUUGUGUUCACGAUACCAUCUUUGUUCAACGCGUUUCCUUGUUUGUUAGAAUUAAUUUUAUUUCACCUCACAUCCAAGUAUAUUGUACAAUUUAGUGUACUAUGGAAAAUAUUUAAAUACAAUUUAAUUUUAUGUA